CACAAGUUGGCACAAAGAUGAAUAAAACGUUUUGUUUGCUCUCGAUAUAGUUUGCGUCUCAUCGCCUUAACCCAUACCACUCCUUUCGAACCAUGCGUCUAUCGUACGUUGCUGCGCUUGCUAUAGCAACCUUCAUAAGCGCCGCCACCGCUUCACCAUUUUCUCCAGUCCUUGAAAAACGUGCAGCGUCUUGCAAGAACGACAAUGAUUGUCCUGGUAAGGAUGGAUGCUGCUGCUUGAUUCACCUCCUGUAGCAAUACUGAUGUCUUAUUCGCAGGCGUUACAUGUUGUAAUUUGAGCACUUUGAAAUGUGUUAGCGACCCACAUGGAACCAUUUGUGACAUUCCUCCCAAGAAGACUACCACUACCAAGAAAACUUCCACCACCAAGAAGACAUCCACCACCACUAAGAAGUCAUCUACCACCACUAAGAAGUCUUCC